AUGUCGCGAGCAGGCACCUACGAUGGCGAGAUCGGUCGAGGGAGACGCCGUAGUGGGGACGGCUCAUCGAGCAGCCGCGACUCCUCUCCAGCGCGCCCAGGCCCGAAGCGCUCCUUCUCACCCACUUCAGACGACGGCGACCUAGUGAUUCCACCGAUCCCAGACGACGACACCCCUCCUCCGUCCGAGGGUCCUCUGCUCCGUCGCGCCGUCGGGUUCGCCUUCACAAGCGACACCGGGACGACCGCCCUCGCAGCGUCUGCGAGCAGCAUAAGCACGUACGACGCGAACCUCGAGCCUGCUUCCACCAGGGUUUUCCUGCCCGGGCAGGCGGUGCCGCAGCCGCCCAAGGCCAAGGCGAAGAAGGGCGGCACGAAGCGCCCCCGCAAGCCCGAUGCGUAUCCCGGCCAGACGAGCCGAUUUCGGUUGCAGACGUACGACCCGACGCCGAGCGCGGAGCCGCCCAUGCAUGCGGGCUCGGGGCCGUACUCGUCCUUGUACCGCGGGACGCCGCAGGUGGCGGUGGAGAGGCCGCGGAGGAGGCAGCUGUCGGCGGAUCCGAGCUUGUCGACGGGGUCGAAUGGGGGCCAUCCGUCGAGCAGCGCGAUGGGGUCGACGUUUGUGGAUGGGCACCCUGGGUCUGCUGCUGCUGGGUCGUCUAGUGGGUCUGCGAUGACCAUCCCAGCGUCCAGGACGAGCAGAGACCCCCUACCUCCGCCCAAGUCGAACUUGCCGCCUUUCCCGCCUCCGCUGCCGUCAGCACCGAAGAAGACCCUCGAUGACUCGCGGCACAACCCACACGGCACUCCACAGCACGUAAGACGCGUCGACAACACUUCCAAGCCGCCCUCAUCCUCUCGGCAAACAGGUCACUCACAGCAGUCAUCUGCAUCGCCCCAGCCCUCGCACGGUGGCGAAUCGAGCUCGUCAUCGCACGCUCCGUCCCACAGCCACUACAGACAAGACUACGACGCUCCAGAUGCGCCAAUGCCCAUGUCGCCUGUACGGGAUAUGUCGCCCCCGCCACCUCAUGCUUCUCAUCACGUCUCGCCCCGCGCUCCACGUACUUCGAGUUCGCGGAUCCUGUCGCCUUCCGCUCCUGUUCGUUCGCCGCCGCCUAGGCGGAACAUGUCGCCUCCUUCUGUCCCGUCGCCGAGGAAUACGUCGCCUCUUGAGCAACACGCAUAUACACAUCCCCCACCGCCACAGUCUGCACAACGGCAACGCCCACCACCUCAACCGGCGGGUGUCGCACAGCGGACGAGCUCGAGUAGUUCGCAGCAGGGUGGUAAUCCAACUCCGUCUGGAGAAACCCCCGCUCAGCGAAAGGUUAAGCAGAUCCCGUUACGGAUGGUUACACUUCUUAUUACCGACAUGCGGAGCGGUACUGAGGACCCUCAGCUCGCCGAGGUCAAGAUUCCAUUGCGGCCAGGUGAUAAUCCUGCAGAUGGUUUCUGGGCGGAUGCCAAAGACAUUGGCACUCAGUUGCAGUCGAGCCCUGCCAGGAUAGAUGGCCCUGCUCGUGCAUAUACCUUGCGUGGAAGGUACAGGCAGUUCAUAUUGCGAGUUACUUCCGACAACGUGGAUGAGAUAAGCUCUUGCAACGUCGUCGUCAAACCGGAUAGGACGAUUGACCUCGUCGUGGAAUUGCUUCAGCCACCAGGACAGGUUCCUCGCCCUCCACAAAUACCUCGAGAAUUAUGGUCUCCAGCGUAUGAUGAGCCUGAGCCGCAACAAGAGUACCCGAUGGAUGUUGAGGCAAGACGAGAGAACUAUGACAUUCCCAACUCUCGCAAGCGAAUAAACUCCCCGUCUUUCGACGACUACGACAGUUACCGAUCCAACGGCCCGCCUCCACCUCCAAACCAUCCACACUCGAACCAAGGACCUAGUAAGGUGCCUCGGCAUGACUACUCGUGGCAAACGUCUCCUCGUCGUCUAAGCCCACCGCGGUCGUUUCAUGCUGCUAUGGAAAGGCGACGGCAGCAAAGCCAAUCUCGCGACCAGGAGCCUCAUUCAAGCUAUCCAAACACGCAGGUUGAGUACCCUCCUGUAUCUCCCAGGCAUCACCAGCCGUCCGUAGCGGGAGUACCAGGCCCGCUGCCACCACCAGUGCCGGCGCCGCCUCCUCAGCCGGUCUACAGCACGAGAAACGAAGGGCCCUCUGAUGACGACAUGACGCCGCCUGACGAGCCGUUCAUCAGAUCGGUGGAUCGUCUGAUACAGGAGGACCAUGAAGGCUUCAGCGAGUUCUUCCGCAAGAGAGGGAGCAGUAGAGCCUGUGAUGCUGUGGCCCAGUAUACGUUUGUCAUGCGCAUGGUUAAUGUGCUGGUUGGGAGGCAGCCGCCGGGUUUCGUGCAGCUGAUUGAAGAGAGCCAUAUCAUCAGGGCGUUGCAAAUCGAUGAAGAGGGCUACCUGGAGAGAUGCAAAGAGACGAUGCGCCUCUUGCAGAAAUUCGGCAAGAACGGUUCAGUUCUGCAGGACCCUCGUGUCAUGGACAUGCUACAUGACAUGAAGGCGCCUCCGUACGGCUCGAAUCCGCCGAAGAAACUUCUGAAACUCCUGCAAACUCUCGAGGAGCUGUGGAAGACCGAUGGGGUGAACCUCAUGCUCGAUGGGAUCAACCCGCCCCCAAAGACGCCACAAUCACCACGUACAAGUGGUCCGGGCGAAAACCAGCCUCCUCUGCCCAACGGGGCUCGCCACGUCCAACCCAAUGGAGGUGGCAGGCAGAAACAACAGCCGCCUCCCCCGCCCCCGCCCCCUUCCCAACCACAUGCCUCGCAACACCCUGGUCAACAGCGCUCUCCGCCUGUACCCACACCGCCUCCUCCUCCAGGUUCGGCUGGCAGUCCGCCACCCUCUGAUUCUGCUCCACGUAGCUCCCAACCGGCACGCCCUACCUCAUCGUUCAGCGAGCAUCGUUAA